AUGGCACCGCAAUUCAAGAGGCUUACGGACUGUCCUGAAAAUUUAAGGGAAGCCAUCGACUGGUUGAUCCAGGUGAGGCAUGGAAGUGAUGGUAGAGGUCUUGGUGAGUUGGCGAAGGCUUUGAAAAAGUUGAUUGAAGACGCAAUUAGGGAUGCAUAUACUAGUAUUAUUAGCCAUCUUUUUACGCUUAUCGAAUCUUUUAAAUAUUACGAAUGUUGUCGUCCUAGAUUGGAGUCAAUUGAUAAGCUUCAAAACCUCCUUAAGGAACCUACAUUUCUUGCAGAUGUCUCUUUGAAUGACCAUUUAGAGAAAAUUAAAUAUGCUAAAGAAUUAUGUGAAAAACAUCAUUAUAUAGAGUCCUCCAAGGAUACAGCUUUGAAGGAUGUGAAUGUCAAGUUGGCGAAACUAAAGGAACUUAGUGGGAAUCUUAAUACUUUCAACAAAAAUUCAGAAGGCUUAUUAACUAACCUUUGUAAUGGUCUAUCAACCUUCCUCGGCUUCAAUCCAUCUUCGAAAGGCUACACUGGCCAGGGCAUUGUGUACUCUGACCUUGACAGGCUGUGUGACGGGGUGAUGGGAUUUUUGAGUGGUGUGCUUGAAGCAGUGCAAGAUGAUGAUGCAGUUAAAACAUACGAUGAUAAUGGCCAUUUAAAUAAAUUACCGCAAGAAAUAAGUAAAAAAAUGUAUAAAGGCCCGCAUGAAUUUUCUCUGACAUUAAGUCAUACAGGCGCCGUGCUUGGUUACUAUGAUGCUGAGGUUAACAGAAGAAUCAAUGCAGUUGUGGAAAACAAUUCCAAUGGUACGUUAUAUGCAUUGCAAUCUCAAAUUGAUAAAAAUAUCAGGAACUUGCAGGAUUCACUGACUACCAAGAAGUACGAGGAUGUGGUUGCACAGUGGAAGGACGUAGUUACUGAUGGACUUACUGCGCUAAUUAAGUCAGCAGAGUCGGCUAUAAAUGCGCUCGAUACACCGCUGAAAACGAAGGUUGCGAAUGAUUUUGAAAAAAUAGAGACGGCGGUUGAGGCUCUCAGUGAGUCAAAUAUUAUGGAUGUGAUGCAGCUGAGAGAAUUGAGUGGAGCCGUGAGAGAUGAGUUGAGAGAUUUGGAUAGGUAUGUUGCCGCCGAAAUUCAUCUCCAGGUGGAAAGACUUGAGAAAAAUCUGAAACAGGAGUUUAAGUCCAAAAUCCAUGCGCCCAUUAGUCACGUUGAAAGUGCUUUGAAAACGGUUCAGAGUCAUUUGAAUAAGUGGUUUGAUCAGGCGAAUAUUGUUGUCUCGGCGGCAUCAAGUAAGACAAAAGCCAUAUUGGCGGAGGUUACACUGAGAGCAGACGGCGCAAAGCCCACUAAAUGGAAUAAUGUUGAAAGUGCCGCCAUAAAAUUGCAAACAAGAGCAGAUGAGCUUCGCGGCGUUGCUAAGGCGGCUAAAGAGGAGUUGAAAAGUCAGGUUGAAAAUGCGCUUAAGCAGGUCUUAUUCUUGGACCGGGCGGUUAGGAAAGGAGUGAAGACUGUGAAAGAUAACAUUAAGGGUGCACUGAGAAAGUACAUUAAGGAGCAGCUAUUAGAGGAUAUUAAUGCUAAAAUUAAAGAAAUCAUUAACGGUGAAGAAGGAGACGAAGGCCUAAAGCAGAUAGUGGACGGGGUGAAGAAGUAUGCCGAUUUGUUCAAGCAAAAAGGGACACAAGGUUUUGAAGGUGUAGUUCAAAAAUGGAUUGCUGAUAUUCUAAGAAAAGAACCGGUUAAAGGAUUACUGAAUGAGUACUUCCAAAUGAAGGAUAGAUUUAAACCGCCAUAUGAUCAGUGGAACAGUAUACGUGAGAACACGGACAUCACCGAAGGACUCGCACGUAUCAUUGCUGACCAGCUGAAGGAAGAGUAUGUUGAGAAAGCCGUUGACGCAGCAAAAUCUUAUACUGCAAGCACCAACGCAAUUCGAAGCUACGUCACCGUUGUUCAACUCGUUUGCAGUACGUUUUCCAAAUUAGUUGGGUUGAAGAUUAAGGCAUCAGGACUUGUCACACUUGCUGACAAAAUAGUGAGGGGUAUAGAGACGGGCCAGGAGUUAUCAAUUACUAAAACUGGUCACCUUACUAACGAUACCAAUAUUACUCGGGCCGUGCAGCACACCCUCCAUCAACUCGUAGGUGUCGCCAGGCAUACCGGAGAUCAAACAGAUGAACUUGUCCUACGGUGUCACAUCGGUAACGUGGAGGUCGCGAUUGAUGUGGCUAACCUGCUUGAGGGUAAUGUUGGAAAGGCAGCUAAGCAAUCCAUCACCUCCGUACAUGCUAUUUCCCCUUCCUCCGCCCUAUCUGAUUCCAUCUACAACUUUGAAGGUAGGAUUCUUGGCAUACUGCAAAAAGAUUUUGGAAAGGACAGCGACGGUGACGGCAAAGUAGAGACACUUGUUGUUAAAAACUUUGAAGAUUACGAUGGACUCAUCAAACAAAGCAAAGUAGCCGGUUUAACAGGGGAUGCAAAGCUUAGUGGUCAUGCAAACGAAGGCUCAUUCCCAGAAAUGAUCAAAGGUAUUGAACAUAAGCUUAAUGGAACCGAAUAUUUGGGGAAAAUUGAGAGCGGCACCCAUCGAACCAUUGAUCCCGGUGCUACAGAUAGUAACUUCUAUGACGACACCUUCCAAUUACUAGUCGGAAAAGUUAAUCGUGAACUCCAAACACUUUGCAAUGAAUUGAGGAGACUCGCCGAAGAGGGGGGGACGAGAGGUCAAACAAACAAUAAAGGCGUUCAAACGCUUCUGAAUGAUUUGAAUACAAUGCUUGGUCAGAGUGGUUUGAACAACGGCGAUAUGUAUGGACUUGCGGCCGAUCUAAAAUCAAUUAAUGCUGACAUUGUAAAAAUACUGGGGACUGACAGCACGAAAAAUGAAAAUGGCAAUUUGACUGAUAUUCUUGCCGAAGCCGUAAAAUUCGUAGACAACACAUUAAAGGAUGGUGCAAAGAAUUGCAUUACAAAUAUUAAAGCAGAACUAACGAAACGUGUAGGUUUAGCUAGAGACAGCAUUAAAAGUUACGCUUUAGACCGACACGUUUUUAGGAAGAGAACAGAACUUGGCAAAUUAAAACAUUUGAUUGAAAAACAGCGCGAGGCUAUCAUAUCAAAAUGCAGAAUAGACGGCAAUACGGGUGUCAAAGGGUUGUUGAAGGCUGUGAAAUCCCAACUUAAUUCUGCUCUGCCGAUCACGGAUAGGACCAAAUUAGAUGGAUUUCCUGGCAAAGUGAGAGACUUUUUAAUUAGUCUUUGGGAGCACGUAGGUGGACAAUUCACGGAAGAUAAUGAAUCUUUUAACGCAUUUGGACUGGUCAAAAAAAAGUUUGUGACGCUGCUCGACGAAAUUAACAAUUCCGGCCACUUCACUCACAGUCUCGCCUACAAUCUUGGUAAGCUGAAAAGUGUCCUCGAUAGCAUGUCGCCCCUUAAGUUCUCCGGUCAUCAGCAUCCGAUGUUACUCGACGCCAUCAAGGACGGGCUCACACGCUUCCAUGAAGAGCUGAGAAAGGCGUACAUCCGCGUGUAUGAUGGUUCUAAGCCGAUCACUUGGGACGAACCGUUUUCUAAGAAUACAACAGAGGAAAGCCGUAACGCCGCAAAAGUGUUUUUGACGAUGAUGAACAUUUUGUUCAAUAACUUGAAUGAGGUGAAAGAAAUGUGUAACACUGCUAGUGCUUCUCGAAUUAACACCAGAACUGAACUUGGCGAAUUUCUCACGACAUGUGGUUACAAUGUAUCAGAGAAAGGACGACAAAACGGUGAGCUGCAGGACAAAGGUAGUAUGCAAGGUUCGCAUAUUUAUAAACUACUUGUAGGCGAUGGGCAAAAUGUUUACCAUGUAGAUAAGGCAGCUACACGCGCGCUUGAGAUGAUUUACGAGGACUGCCUUGUCAAUUAUUACCGUACUUGCCACCUACCAACUCCUGCGACCAAGCAUCCGUCAACCAUUUGUGACAUUCUUCAAUGGCUCGCUGGCCUUCCGUAUAAUGCCGUGUAUAAUGCGCUAUCACAUGACGCCUUUAGUGACCUGUUUGAGAAACCAGAGAAAGACGAUGCCACAAAAAGCGAUACAUUUAUCGUAUCUAUUAACGAAGAUCCUGACUCUUUGCCAGCGUAUCCAGAAACCAUCAGCGCAACGGACCUGUCACAGACGUUGACACUGGUAUGCCAUCAUGCCGAAAAAACCCUCAUCGCCAUUCUCGGCCAUGGGAAUUCUGAUGGCCGCUACGCUUGCGACUUUAACGCCAACGCAGGCAAAUUCUUAUACCCUAGUAAAGGGAGUCAAUGUUUAGACUUAUUAGUAGAAUUGUUGCUAAGAUUAUAUGAUCAAUUGUACUUCCUUCAUGUAGAGUGUUAUCGUACAUCCGACUCAGUUAGUUGGCGCGACUGCUACUACGGUCGGCACGUCGCCGGGUCAGACUGGAGGUGCAAUGACAAGCAAUGUGUCAACCAAAUGGGUAACCAAAUCGCUGACCAAAAGGUCAACCAAAUGUGUGGUCAAACGUGUGACCAGCACCCAAAGUGCGGACUCAAGUCACCUCUUCAGUCGUUUUUUGAGGACGGUCUUCCUGGGUUCCUACCGCAUCCAUAUAAAAAGGCAGAUUGCAAGCUAUCCUGUGCAGCACCUAACCACCGUGGCUUACUAUGCAAAACGCCCAUGGGAUUCGCUGACCUUAGCGUAAAAGCCUCGCAUACGAAAACGGGAGAAUAUCUAAGCAACGUUCUCAGUGAGUUCUGCGGUGACGCAGAGAAGCCACUUACCAAAAUGUGUCGUUUUUUGAUAUGUGUAUUGAGUAGACCGCCUCAAACAUUAGGCGAUAUGUUCUCAUUCUACUACAAUCUACUCAAUGGGUGGCAUGGCAAGGGUAAAGGCAUGGAUGCAGACAAGACGCAUAAGAGACACGCAUUUGAAGCGGCUGUCACCAAUGCGUACUUCGGCGUCAACUAUCCAACAUUCGACGUUGCUUCCGUUAUCAACAACUCCAAGGAGCCGAGCGAAAAACAUAAGGACGGAAACUUGUUGUGUCUGGUUGGUUGCAAAAAUUCUUCCGUGCCAUCUGCUCAAUGCGGCCGGUACCUACAACCCUUUGGCAUUAACACAUGGUUAGCCUUUUCAUCUGAAAAUGCCGAUAAGUAUCUCUCGUGGAUAGUCUAUAUUACGGAAACAUUUUACGACUUACUCAAAAAACUAUACGAUGAAUGUUGUAAUAACUGCAACAAGCCAGGCAGCAGAUGCUACGACAAGAGCUGCGUUAAGAAUUGUGUUGCAUCGCAUUCGUAUAUUCACUCAGCGGGUUGCACAUCAAUAGCUCAAUGCCCAUUCACUCGUCCGACAUUGUCCAAAUAUGGUUUCGUACUGAGAAGUAUAUCAAACCUUCACGGCGCGACAGAUACCAAAACUAAGCGCACAUGUAAGGACCUAUGCAACGCAUUAAAGAACGUGCUGAAUGAGAAGAACGUCCUAUUCACUUUGGCCUACAGAACAAUUCCGAAGUUUCUUUAUGACAUCAGACAGCCUUUUAUUUGGCUCACCGUCGCCCUCUGGCUCCUCUCCUUGUUGUACCUCAUCCACAUCAUGGUCAUCCGCCUCGACCUGCUCCACAUCAAAUCGCAUUUGCACUCACCAUCGUCACAUCGCAUUGCCGCGCAGUCACUACUCGCCGCUGCACGUGUCAGCAAACUUGCCGAGCUCACCUACCUUCAACCUUGA